GCAUUUGCCGUAAAAUUUAAUGUGACGGAGAAUUUUGAAAUUUUUUAGGAACUAAACAAGGGCCAAGGGUGAGCUUGGUCGUUGGCGCCUUGGCGGGCUUGGGCCAUAGAGCGUUGCUGAACUUGGGCAGUUGGCCGGCUUCGGCCAUAGGUGUUACUGGCCUGUCAGGAGAACCACUUUUCGCUUUUCGAUCACGCAGUACAGUCGGCACAGGCUGGCAAGCAGAAGACACAGCAUAUUCCAAUUUCCACCCCAGGUGAGGCGCGCAAGCCGCCAGGCCGACGUCGAUGCCACCACCGUCGCCGCCAUCCCCAUUCCGGUUCCGGCUAUCCUCUGCCCGCCGCGAGACGCACAGGUCCGUCCGGCUACUCAUGACGCGCCGGCGCUGAUGCCUCCCCAGUGCAGUGCCCACCACCACUAUCGGCUAUUGGCAUGUCGCAUGUGCACCGAUUGACCUUUGCGCGUCAGAUGCUUCGCCAUCAAGGAAUCGAUGACGCCGACUCGCCGAGAGCAUACCGAUCUCGUGCCCGUGCCUCCUAGAGCCGCUUUUCCUUCCUCGCAGUCGCAGAUCCACCAAAGUUCGCAGCAGCCCCCUCCGUCCUGCCGCCGACCCAACGACUGAAGCGGAGCUGCGGGAGGCGGGGAGAGACUGACGGUCAGGGUCGGGGGAGGGACAGAGGCAGGCAUUCUGAACCGGAUCCGUGGUGGCGGAUGGAGUGGGACGACGAGUGGGUGGCCCCGGACAAGCUGCAGCACGCCGUGGCGUGCCUCCUCAUCGCCCUGCUCGCCGCCGCGCUCGCCGGCCGCAGCGCGCGCCCCGGCCUCCGACGCCGCGCCGUGGCCGUCGGCUCCGCGGCCUCGCUCGCGGCCGGCGCCGCCAAGGAGGUCGCGGACGAGGCCGGGCUCUUCGGCUCCGCCGGCGCUUCGCCCAAGGACGCCGCCGCCGACCUCCUGGGCGUCGUGGCCGCCGCGCUCGCACUCGCCCUGCUCCGCCGCCGCCGCGGCCGCCGCGAGAGGAAGGAGCGAGAGGACGAGGACGCCCGCGAUGGCGCCGCCGUCUCCAUGGUCUGAGUGUGACGGCGAGGUCUGCGACGGCAACUGCUUCGAUCUGUCAAGCGUCUUGGCUACUGAUCUAAGCUCUGCCAAGAUUGAUGCAAACAGAAUUUCAUGUCUCUCCCUCCUUGAUCAGCACGUGUAAAUCCUUAUGAAGGAAAAUUUUGAGUGGGACAGUGGCAUAUAAUUUAAGCCGAUUUUCAGAUACAUAUAGAAUAUAUAUAAUCCAACUA